AUGUCAACUGCAUCUAAAAUAACAUUUGGUGCUAGUUUAUUAGCAGCAGGAGGGGCUUUUUUAUUCAUUAAUUAUUCGCAAGGUUUAGAACGUCAAGCUUUAAGACAAGGUCCAAUUAAAGAUGCUGCUCGAUUAGAAGCUAAACAUCAACAACAAGAAUUAUCCAAAAAGCAAUUGUUUAAUGAUGCUGAACAUCGUGAACAACAGGAAUUAAGAGAAAAAUUGAUCAAGAUCCAACCAUUAUCCGAUGAGAUUAUUAGAGGGGUUGAUAAAAAGAAGAUGUUAGAUCGUGUCGAAGAUUCUGUCCUCGAUAAAGAGGUGGAAUCUGAUCAAGCCAAGAUACUAUAA